UGGACCUUUAGAGCCGCACCAAUCUUGGGUUCAAUCCCUGUCCGGUCCAGUCAGGUUGGCGUUGGUCCCGAGUCCCUAAAGCCUGGGCCCUGAUGAUCAUGACGCUGCUAAAUGUGGCCGGUGGUGCCCAGCAUGGGGCAAGACAGCCAGUUUGUGGUGCUGUUCCCUCAUCUCUUAACGUUUGUUUGCAACAAGUAACGCGCUUCUGCAUCUGUAUCUGUGGAGGUAUCUGUAUCUGCGACAGUGUUUGCCGGCCCAAAGAGUUGGUUACCUGGGCGUUCUACCUGCGCACAGGUAGGCGUAUGCAUGUACCCGAACAUGUGUGUCUGUGCCCAUAUCCUUCGUCUUUGGCCGUGGAUGCAGCAGCCAGCGGUCAGCAGAGGCAACACAGCAUCGGCAGCAGACCAUCAUUAUGUCCAGCACGCGAUAAAUCUUCGGCUUACAAUCAGAAGAAAUGAUGCAAGAACAAAAAGCCCACAUACCCAGUGCGAUGCCGUCCAGUCGUCGGUAAUUUGAAUAGCUGCAGUUCUAAUGCCAUAAAAAA